AUGAAACCAAAUUACAUGGUUUACCCAUAAUUCUCUCUAUAUCAGAGUGCUGAAAAGGAAACUAAGUAAAUCUCAAAGAUUGAGGAAGAGGAAAAUAAAAAUUUAAUUUCUACCGAUUCUUCAAUUUCUACUAACUAAGACUAAUUAUAAAAAGCCUCAGAUCACCCAGUCUUCGUCAGAAAACUGCAAGAAGCUAGAGUCUCUUUUGAAGGAAUUCAAAACACCCUCAAAAAAUACUCAGCUGUCUUAGGAUGCAUUAGUGCUGUAUUCCUCGUUAUAAAUCUAUUUUCGAUAGCUGGAUUUUAAAGAAUGGCUAAACACUAGGCAAGAUCCGGUAAAGUUGAGGCUAGCUUCGAUGCUAACGCUGCCAAGUUCUCCUCCAUUCUUGCUUGCUUCAUCUGGGCUGCCAUCUGUGUUAAAUGUUUCAUGAGUUACAAAGCUUCAUAGACCUUAAACGUUUAAGUUGUUCAAGCAACUUCAAAGAAAGGCUUGAUUAUCAUUGCCUUCAUUGGUAUUAUUAGUUUAUUCAAAAUGAGACAAGAGUUUAACAGCGUUUAAACCCUUAAAAAGAGUUCAAACGCAGCUGCUGGCAGCAAACAAAGAAAUCUCUGGGGACUUAAAAAUCUUAAGAGUAUUGACUGGGAUGAAAUCGCUGAUACCAAGAACUGGGAUUUCGAUGAGGUUGAAAAAUAUAUUGACAACACCCUAGAUAGCGCCAAAGAUAAAGCUGAUAUCGUAAUUGAUAACGUCCAUACCUACGUCGAUUAAAAUCAAGAUGUUAUUAAUAAAGUUGAAAAGGACGUCAAUGGUAUUUAUGAAACUGGCAAAGAGUUCUCUUCAGAUGCCUAUGACACUAUUAAGGAUGCUUCCCAUUCAGUUAUUGAGAAAGCUGAUGAUGUUUAGGAGUACGCCAGAGAUUCUUAUGAAAAAAUUAAAGACGAUAUUGAAAACGGUGAAACUAAAAGACCAUCAAGAAAUCUUUCAAUUAAAUCCUUUGUUGAAAAAAUUCUUGACUUUGCCAACUUGAAUAAAUCUGAGUCUAAUACCACAGAACCAAUUACUGAAAAUGAGAAUGAAGAUGAAGACGAACAGCAUGAUGAAGGUCAUGAGGAUGAGCAAAAGUAUGUAGACUAAACUACUACUUCAAAUUCAACAGACCCAUUCAGUAUUGACGAAUACCUAUGGGAGAUAAUUAAGCCUCAAGUUGACCCAGUUCCAGAAGAAUUCUUCAAUGCUACAGAAGAAGAACCUAAGAAAAAGGUUCACCCUAAUAAGAGAGGUAAGAAGGAUAGAAAGGACAAGAAACACAGAAAUGAGAAGAAGCAUCACGAGAACAAGAAGUAGGAAAUUGAGAAGAAAUUAGAUGAAAAAAUUGAAGUUCUCGAUCAUGAAAUGGAAAAGUUAGAUUCAGAAUGGGAUAAGUUCUAAGAGGAAAUGCAAAACUUUGACAAGUAAUUCGAGGAACUUAACAAGAGAAUGGAAAAAUUCUAAGAAGAGAUGGAAAACAAAACUAAAUAAUCUAACUCAGAAGUUGAAGAAUCAGAGGAUGAUGAUGAAGAAGAUGAUGACUAUCCAUGGGAUUAAGAGGAUGCUGAUGAUUGGGAAACUAGCAUGAUGCCAGGUUUCAAUGCUCAUAACAAAAAGCACAAGAAGGGUGGUUUUGGAUUCUUCAAGAAUUUCUUUGAUCAAGAUAACAAAAACAAAAGAGACCAUAAAUUCAAGGAUCACAAACAAAAAGAUCUUCCUCAUGGUAAAAAAGAAAAAAUGAUUCCAUAGAAACAUCACAAGCUUGAAGCUUCCCCAGUUGAAGUUGUUGAAUUUAAGCCAGCCUAAACUCUAGCUCAAGAGAAACCACAAAAAGAGCACAAAAAGGUAAUGAAGGGUAUGUCACCAUUCAAGGUUAAGGUUUUAUCUGGAUUAUCAUCUGUUCUAAUCAUUGCUCUAGUUGCUGGUCUUUAAUACCAAAUAAUGAAAUUCCAAAAGGCUCUUAACAAGUUCUCCUACCUCAACGGCCUUAACAGCAAUAGCAAUGCUAUAGUUGUUACCCCAGAGCAAGCAAAGAUAAUCCUGAGCAGUGUUGCUUCACCAAACUAACAUCAAGCUGCUUCUGAAAUUAUUGAUUCUCACAUUCAGCCUGUAAGUGAAGUAUCAGAGGAAAACUACUCACCCCCACUUCUUCAAUAGCAAACUUUCUCAAUGCCACCAGUUGGAACCUAGAAUUCUCAGUACCUAGUAAAUGACCCAGUCUCCAUUAUGGACUUGAUCAACAAGAAAAAAGCUCAAUUACAAGAAUAACAACCUUAAGUUCAAGUGUAAUAGCAAAACCCCAUCACUCUUCCUCCUAUGUAACUCACUCAAGAGUAGAUUGCCUAAUUGAUCUUGUAAAACCAAUAAUUGAGAGCUGAGGUCUCAGCAACUCAAACAAUCAAGCAUGUUAACAAUCUUGUUUGA